AUGCAUCCUAAACCCUCGGAGCCUGCGGCAGGUGGGGCAGCAGAGCUGGAUUGCACGCAAGAGUCCGGCGUGGAGGAGUCUGCGGGUGACCACGGGAGCGCAGGCCCAGGGGGCUGCAAGGAAGAAAUUAAUGAUCCUAAGGAAAUAUGUGUGGGUUCUCCUGCCACAUCCUACCAAAGCCAGCAGAAACAGAGUGGUGAUAAUGGGUCAGGGGGUCACUUCGCACACCCAAGAGAAGACAGAGAAGAUCGGGGCCCCAGAAUGACUAAAAGUUCCCUGCAAAAACUCUGCAAGCAGCACAAGCUUUAUACUACCCCAGCAUUGAAUGAUACGCUGUAUUUACACUUUAAAGGUUUUGAUCGCAUUGAGAACCUGGAAGAGUACACAGGGCUGCGCUGUCUCUGGCUGCAGAGCAAUGGAAUACAGAAAAUCGAAAACCUGGAGGCGCAAACCGAGUUGCGUUGCCUCUUCUUGCAAGUGAACUUGCUCCAUAAGAUCGAGAACCUGGAAGCUCUGCAGAAACUGGAUAUUCUUAACCUCAGCAACAAUUACAUCAAGACCAUUGAAAACCUCUCCUGCCUCCCAGUCCUGAACACACUGCAGAUGGCCCACAAUCACCUGGAGACGGUGGAGGACAUUCAGCAUCUACAGGAGUGCUUGAGGCUUUGUGUCCUUGAUCUUUCGCACAACAAGCUGAGUGGCCCUGAGAUCCUGGGCAUUCUGGAAAGCAUGCCCGAUUUGCGUGUACUGAAUUUGAUGGGAAACCCGGUUAUCAGACACAUUCCUAAUUAUAGAAGGACAGUCACUGUACGACUAAAGCACUUAACAUACCUGGAUGAUAGACCAGUGUUUCCAAAGGACAGAGCUUGUGCGGAGGCCUGGGCUAGGGGAGGGUACGCAGCUGAAAAGGAGGAGAGACAGCAGUGGGAGAGCAGGGAGCAGAAGAAGAUCACAGACAGCAUUGAAGCCUUGGCCAUGAUCAAGCGGCGGGCGGAGGAGAGGAAAAGACAGAGAGAGAGUCAAGAGAGAGGGGAGAGGACAUCUUCAGAUGAUAGUGAGAACGUGUCUGCCAGUGAGGAAGGCAAGGAGGAGGCUCCCGGGGACAGAGAAACAAGGCAGAAGAUGGAGCUAUUUGUUAAGGAAAGCUUUGAGGCCAAGGACGAGCUCUGCCCGGAAAAGCCAAGUGGAGGAGAGAAGCUACCUAUGGAGGUUAAAAGAGAGGAUGGAGAUCGAGAGCCAGAGAGAACCUUCCCAGCUGAGACUCCACCACCCCUGCCACCUGUGGAGGUUAAAAGAGAGGACCGAGAUCAAGAGCCAGAGAGAACCUUCCCAGCUGAGACUCCACCACCCCUGCCACCUGUGGAGGUUAAAAGAGAGGACCGAGAUCAAGAGCCAGAGGGGACCCUCCCACUUGAGACCCCACUACUGCCGCCGCCUGUGGAGGUUAAAGGAGAGGACCGAGAUCAAGAGCCAGAGGAGACUCUCCGAGCUGAGGCCCUGCCAGCGCUGCCCCUCGGAGCUGCCAGGGAAGAGCUGACUCCCCAGGCUGUGGCCACUGAGGGUGUAUUUGUUACAGAACCUGAUGGGACGAGAAUGGAAGAUUUAGAAACCGUUAGACUGGAGACAAAGGAGACAUUCUGCAUCGAUGACCUACCUGACUUAGAAGAUGACGACGAAACAGGCAAAUCUCUGGAAGACCAGAAUAUGUGCUUUCCGAAGAUUGAGGUCAUCUCGAACUUGAGUGAUGACAGUGACCCUGAACUGGACUACACGUCACUCCCUGUGCUGGAAAACCUGCCCGCAGACACUCUGUCAAAUAUAUUUGCCGUCUCUAAAGACACCUCAAAGGCGGCUCGGGUGCCCUUCACAGACAUCUUUAUAAAAGAAGCUAAGAGGGACUUGGAAGUCCGAAAACAAGACACUGAGUCCCCACGACCCCUGAUCCAGGAGCUCAGCGAUGAGGACCCCUCUGGCCAGCCACCAAUGUCCCCCACCUGCCAAAGAGACGCUGCACCACUCACUUCCAGUGGAGACGGGGACAGCGACUUCCUUGCAGCCUCUUCUUCAGUGCCGACUGAGCGCGCCACCACACCCUCAGAGACGUGUGUCGGAGUUGCCCAGCCAGCUCUGCCCACGUGGGACCUCACUGCAUUCCCAGCACCGAAAGCAUCAUGGUUCCCCCCGGUUAUAUGUAGCAUAAAUGGUUUAAUUAUAAAUGUCUCCUUUAGGCAUGAUAAACAUUUUAAUACCCACGCGAGUUAAUGUGUGAUUGGGCUAUCUCCUAUUUGUGUGAGUCACAUGCAAUUCCUUUCACCAGCCACCCUGAAAAAAGACCUUUCUCUUACUGUGUCAUGAGAAACCAGACAGACCCCAGGUCCCUGCAAAAUCUCCAGUGGGCCUUUUCCCCACAGGAAAGCAGAAUCUUCCACUGCAGCUAGAGAAACUCAGAGGAUAAGGGACUUGAUGCUUUAGACAUCAAAAUAAGAAGGGGAGAGAGGAAAGAAAGGGGGGAGUCCGUGAGGCACAACAGAAUUCUCCCAAAGUGUUAUGACCAUGAUCCUCUCCUCAGAGGCCACUAUCGAGAGCCCACAGGUGCCAGACCCAUGUCCCGAGGGAGAAGGAACAUCAGCCAUCAUCUCUGUGCGUGAGCUCAGUGUCAGGUAGUUACUGCGGCGGGAUGCUGUCCAGCCUAAAAUAUGUGACCAUUCCAGUUCAUCUUCAGCUGACAAGUUUAUUUAAUCCCUGAACCUGGAUCCAAGGCAUCUCCCUGUACAAAACAUCAGACCGUGGCAGAGACCGACAAAGCAACCCAAAACAGCAGCUGCCGACGGCCGCUGUGCCCACCUCAGCAGUAGCUCUGUGCGGGCCUCACUCCACCCUCACCAAACACAAGGAGGAGCCAGCGCUACUGCCCCAUUUCACCAGACAGGAAGGCACGAGAACUGAGAGACCUGCCUGAGGCCCCCACAACUGCAGGGCAGCGGAGCCCUGUCUCCCAGCACAGACUAGACUCCCAGCAACACAGGCCCGCCAGCACCUCCAGCCUGCCUUUUGGGAUGAUCCUCAGGCGAUAUACAAAAUACAGAAGAAA